GAGGGGGCAGUGAAGUUUUCCUGCUUCGGAAGUCGGAGUUUCAAUGGAAGAACGAGCCAAUUGGGUUUGAACAAUGGUGAAUUGCCAUACAGAUUGAGUCUAUUGAUGGCAAGUGUGAAGUUGCCGAGAGUUUCGAGAAGUCCUUCUAUCAAGGCAGCUGUAUCUCCCGUGGGUGCUCAAGAAAACACGAAUUCAACACAAACCCAAAUGGAAUUGAGGUCGUCAAUUGGCUCAGACACAAAAUUCAGGAAAGUUCUUGAGUCUGCUACCUCGGAUCGAACUGAAUUUGCAAGUACUAAUGAGGGUUCCUUUGUUUCUGAGAAAAUCCCAAAUGGCGAAGCGGUGUUGAAAAAUCCAAUUUCUUCUAAUUUCGGGAAAAGAAAAGAAGGUUUGAGGGGAAAAUCCAAUUCUGUCAAUGCCACAAUGGCAGCAGAGGCAGAGGAUGACCCGAACACCAAGCGAUUCAAACCCAAUGAAGGUAGUGGGAGCGAAAAUGAUAGUGUUAAAACAGGGGAUGAGGAUGAGAAACAAACAAAGGCUAACCAAAAGCCUCCCGAGCCCCCAAAGGACUACAUUCAUGUAAGAGCAAGAAGGGGUCAAGCUACUGAUAGCCAUAGCCUUGUUGAAAGAGUUCAAAAGGAGAAGAUCAGUGAAAGAAUGAAGCUUCUCCAAGACCUCGUGCCAGGUUGCAAUAAGAUGUGUGUAACAAAAUGCUUUGCAACAAAUUUAAGCCAUAGUAGAGCUUGAAUUCAUUGUUGGGCAAUGACUAAAUUGGCCUUGGAAAUUUUCUUUCCAUUGCACUUGUAGGUGAAUAGAAAAGCACUUAUGCUUGAUGAAAUUAUAAACUAUGUGCAGCCACUGCAACGACAAGUCGAGGUAAAUUAGGACUUGUUCUGUACCAUGGGGUUUCAUUUUGAUUGCAUAAUUGAGUUCUAUGACUUAAUGGGUAUUGUGUAUUCAUUUUGUAUUUUGUAGUUUUUGUCAAUGAAGUUAGCUUUUGUGAAUCCAAGGUUGGAAUUUAACAUGGAUAGUCUCUUGUCAAAAGAUGUAUUUCAGCCUAAUGGCUCUUUUCCUCAUCAAACAUACCCAUUAGAUUCCUCUGCUUCUACUUUCUUUGGACAACAGACCCAGGAAUUUUCACCAGUAUAUACUAAUCUUUCCAAUGGGGGCCAUACAAGCACCACAUUAUGCCAAAACAACGGCAUGCAAUUACCUCCGGUCGAUGAAUUCGGCCAAGGUAUUCCAUAGGUAUUCAAAUGCUGGCCCAUUCCUGAAGAAUUUGGUGUUGUCUUUGUUUUCUCCAUUUUCAUUUUUCGUGUUUCAGUAAGGAAAACAAAGAAAAGUUGGAAAUACCCAAAAAUAAAAUAAAAAUCUGAAAAGAGUUUUCUGAAAUAAUUCUGUGUUUUUUAGCAUUGAAAUAGAAAUUAAAAUACAACUA